CCCGGGCUGGACAGACGCGACAGGCGGGAGCGGAGGCCCGUGGCGCGCGCAGGGCGCUGCCCACAUCCGCCCUCCCAGGGGCUGCGCUGUGUCCAGGACCCAGAGGACCGAGGCUCCUGAACGAGGAGGAACCGCCCAACAUGGCAUCGGAGAGUGGGAAGCUGUGGGGUGGCCGAUUUGUGGGUGCAGUGGACCCCAUCAUGGAGAAGUUCAACUCGUCCAUCACCUACGACCGGCUCCUAUGGGAAGUAGACGUGCAGGGCAGCAAGGCCUACAGCAGGGGCCUGGAGAAGGCAGGACUGCUCACCAAGGCGGAGAUGGACCAGAUAUUUCGUGGCCUGGAUAAGGUAGCUGAGGAGUGGGCCCAGGGCACCUUCAAACUGAACCCCAACGAUGAGGACAUCCACACGGCCAAUGAGCGGCGCCUGAAGGAGCUUAUCGGGGAACCCGCAGGGAAGCUGCACACUGGACGCAGUCGGAAUGACCAGGUGGUCACAGACCUCAGGCUGUGGAUGCGGAAGACCUGCUCAAAACUCUCCGCCCUCCUCUGGGAGCUCAUCAGAACCAUGGUGGAUCGGGCAGAGGCAGAACGUGACGUCCUCUUCCCAGGGUACACACACCUGCAGAGGGCCCAGCCCAUUCGCUGGAGCCACUGGAUCUUGAGCCACACAGUGGCACUGACCCGAGACUCUGAGAGGCUGCUAGAGGUGCAGAAACGGAUCAACGUCCUCCCUCUGGGGAGCGGAGCCAUUGCCGGCAAUCCUCUGGGUGUGGACCGAGAGCUGCUCCGAGCAGAACUGGAUUUUGGGGCCAUCACCCUCAACAGCAUGGAUGCUACCAGUGAGCGAGACUUUGUGGCCGAGUUCCUGUUCUGGGCUUCCCUGUGCAUGACCCACCUCAGCAGGAUGGCUGAGGACCUCAUCCUUUAUGGCACCAAGGAAUUCAGCUUUGUGCAGCUCUCCGAUGCCUACAGCACCGGAAGCAGCCUGAUGCCCCAGAAGAAAAACCCCGACAGCCUGGAGCUGAUCCGCAGCAAGGCGGGGCGAGUGUUUGGGCGGUGUGCUGGGCUCCUGAUGACCCUCAAGGGACUUCCAAGCACCUACAACAAGGACUUACAGGAGGACAAGGAAGCCGUGUUUGAAGUGUCAGACACCGUGAGUGCUGUCCUGCAGGUGGCCACUGGAGUCAUCUCUACACUGCAGAUUCACCGUGAGAACAUGGCGCAGGCUCUUAGUCCUGACAUGCUGGCUACUGAUCUCGCCUACUACCUGGUCCGCAAAGGGAUGCCAUUCCGCCAGGCGCACGAGACUUCCGGGAAAGCCGUGUUCUUGGCGGAGACCAAAGGGGUCGCCCUCAACCAGCUGUCGCUGCAGGAGCUGCAGAGCAUCAGCCCCCUGUUCUCAGGCGACGUGAGCCGCGUGUGGGACUACCAGCACAGCGUGGAGCAGUACAGCGCGCUGGGAGGCACGGCGCGCUCCAGCGUCGACUGGCAGAUCGGCCAGCUGCGGGCCCUGCUGCGGGCACAGCAAGGCCUACAGGCCCCGCAGGCUGCUCCCUAAUAAAGAGGGCUCGACUGGA